AUGGCGGAGGCGGCGGAGCCGGUGCCCAAGCGCAUCCUGGUGACGGGUGGCACCGGCUUGGUGGGGAGAUUUGAGCGGCACAAACCCACCCACGUCAUCCACCUGGCUGCCAUGGUCGGGGGCCUCUUCAAAAACAUUCGCUACAACCUGGAUUUUUGGAGGAGAAACAUCCAUAUCAACGACAAUGUCCUGCACACAGCAUACGAGACAGGGGUGCAGAAGGUGGUUUCCUGCCUCUCCACCUGCAUCUUCCCAGACAAGACAACGUACCCCAUUGACGAGAGCAUGAUUCACAAUGGACCACCACAUAGCUCCAACUUCGGCUAUUCCUACGCCAAGAGGAUGAUUGACAUCCAGAAUAGGGGCUACUUCGAGCAGCACGGCUGCCGCUUCACCGCCGUCAUUCCCACCAACGUAUUCGGGCCACAUGACAACUUCAACAUUGAGGACGGCCACGUCUUGCCAGGGCUCAUCCACAAGGUCUACCUGGCCAAACAGACCGGCUCUGCUCUGACCGUCUGGGGCACGGGCAAGCCCAGGAGACAGUUCAUCUACUCCCUGGACUUGGCCCGGCUCUUCCUGUGGGUCCUGCGGGAAUAUGAUGAGGUAGAGCCCAUCAUUUUGUCAGUGGGAGAAGAAGAUGAAGUCUCCAUCAGGGAGGCAGCAGAGGCGAUCGUGGAGGCCAUGGACUUCAGGGGAGAGCUUGUCUUCGACACCACCAAAGCGGACGGGCAGUUCAAGAAGACAGCCAGCAAUGCCAAGCUCCGGCGCUACCUACCCGGCUUCCAGUUCACACCCUUCAGGCAAGCCGUGAUGGAGACCUGCGCCUGGUUCAGCGCCAACUACACCAAUGCCAGGAAGUGA